AUUUUAGCCAUUUGGCUGGAUUUCGCCCAAAUCCACCUCAAAUCGGGCAUAAAUCCUGCUACCAAACAGCCCCUAAAUUUCGGUUCGACUGUGGUCCAAUUCUAGUUAGAGGUUGAUACUACAUGCACCCUCAACGUUUAAACGACGAGAUUUCACCCGUGCCUGCGCCACGAUCUUCAUCUCCCUGGCAACUCGGCGUGCCUCCUUCAUCAAGUCAAAGACUCAACGAUUUCGAUUUCUUGCCAGCGUUGCUAUUAUCUGUUUCAGCAGAUCAUGUUUCACUACGAGGGUCUAAGAAGCGAAGGACUUCCUCCAUAUAAACAUAUCCAGAGGAAUGAAUUCUCAUACCGGAAGCAUACAAAGCAAAAAGAAGAGGAUAUCGCUAUAUGUAACUGUCAGUUUAAUCCAAAUCAUCAGGAGAGCGCAUGUAGUGAACAUUGCCUGAAUGUGCUGACGAGCACAGAAUGCACUCCUGGCUAUUGUCCUUGCGGUGAUUAUUGUAUGAAUCAGAGGUUUCAGAAAUGUCAAUAUGCUAAGACAACAUUAUUUAAGACUGAAGGCCGUGGAUGGGGCCUUCUUGCAGAUGAAGACAUCAACGCUGGGCAGUUUGUUAUUGAGUAUUGUGGAGAAGUCAUAUCAUGGAAGGAAGCUAAACAGCGAUCUCAAGCAUAUGAAACCGAAGGUUUGAAGGAUGCCUACAUUAUUUCUCUUGAUGCACAUGAAACAAUCGAUGCCACGAGGAAAGGGAACCUGGCCAGAUUCAUCAACCAUUCAUGCGGACCAAACUGUGAAACAAGGAAAUGGAAUGUAUUGGGGGAAAUAAGGGUGGGAAUAUUUGCAAAGCAUGAUAUUCCUGCUGGAACAGAACUAUCCUAUAACUACAACUUUGAAUGGUAUGGUGGUGCUAAAGUUCGGUGCCUCUGUGGUGCUGCCUGCUGUUCUGAUUUUCUUGGGGCUAAAUCACGUGGUUUUCAGGAGGCUACCUAUGUUUGGGAAGAUGAUGAUAGCAGAUACUCUGUUGACAAUAUGCCCCUCUAUGACUCUACCGAUGAGGAGACAGAUUCUAACUUUAUCAAGGCCAUUGUUCAAUCAAAUGAGGGUACAACGACUGAGACAGAAAUUGAUGAGUCGCUGAGAAGUACCUAUGACACUGAUUGUGAGAUUCUUUCUCAGGCCUUGCCAAUUAAUGUGGAACCACUGAGCUCUGUGCCUAUGGAAAUGGAAGAGGAAAAGAAUGACACAAAUGAACUCAGUAAUUUUUAUGUGCAUGAUGCUCAACAGAGCCCUCCACAAAAAACUGCAAUGGUUUCUCGAAUUCGAAACAGAAAUGUUUUCCGUAACUAUCAAAUACAGUCAAGUCCUUUGUCUAAGAACUUGCCACCUUACUCUAAUGGAAAAUUGAAAAAUCAUGUGAGAAGACAGGUCAAUGUGAAGUUUAUCUGCGAACGUUUAGCAUCAAAGGAAGCAUGCGAUGAACUUGUUUCUUGUGAGGAAUUGAAAAAUCAGGCUACCUCUCAACUGGAUUGUUUGUAUGACGAAAUAAGACCAGCUAUUGAAGAGCGUGAGAGGGACAGUCAAGAUAGCGUGUCAACAAGCAUCGCAGAGAAGUGGAUCGAAGCCAGCUGCAAUAAGCUAAAAACUGAGUUCGAUCUACAUUCUGCUAUCAUCAAGAACAUCUUCUGUACUCCCCGCAGAACUUGGAGUCCCCAAGCACAAGGGGCCUUAGAAAAUGGUAUCAAGUAUUUAGAAAAUUGCCAGUCAAGAGAUUAAUGAAGGCUCCGUUUGGGACGACUUUCUUUCUGCUUCUAAUAGUUGUUUUCUAAUGUAAAAAUUUUAAUUUUUAUACUAAAAAGUUGCUUUAAGAAGCAGUAAAAAUGCUGCUCCAAACAGAGCCAAAAUCUCUCUAACCAGUAGUUUUAGGUUUUGUUUGGGACAGUUUUCUUUGCUAUUUCAUAAAAUAAUUUUUUAGUACAAAAAUUAAAAUUUGCAUACUAGAAAGCUGUUUUAAGAAGCA